GUCACCUUUUUCAGAGGGUAGUUUACCAAUCAUGAGCCUCGGCUUCAACUUAGGAACAGAAAUGUUCUCUACAACAUUGAGUACGUUGAGCUCAACAGGGGAUGCAAGUCAUGAGGCUCUUCGUUUUACGUACGUCGAUUACGGCAUAUUCGUGAGUUUGCUGGCGAUUUCCGUUUUCAUCGGUAUCUAUUUUGGAUUCUGCUCGAAGAUCAAACAGGAUAACGUGGAAGAGUACCUGUUGGGCGGUAAAUCGAUGCCGAAGUUUCCCGUAGCAGCUUCACUGAUCGCAACGUCUGUAUCCGGAAUCACUCUGUUAGGUGUACCAACGGAUAUUUACGCGUAUGGCACUCAAAUAUGGAUGUUUGUCAUUUCCGGCCUGAUAGUAGGAUUCGCAAUGCACUUCGUUUACCUUCCGGUUUUCCAGGAUAUGCAGCUAACGUCCUGUUUUUCAUACUUGGAAAUACGCUUUGAUCGAGUUGUUAGACUAACGGCUAGUUUUGUGUUUGCCCUGUCGUCGCUUUUUCUCGUUCCGGUGGUAAUCUACGUUCCAGCCCUAGCCUUUAGUCAGGUUUCCGGAAUCAAUCUUCAUAUGGUUACACCAGUUUUGUGCGUAGUUUGCAUUUUCUACACCACCGUUGGUGGACUUAGGGCUGUAGUUUGGACCGACACAGUGCAGUUCAUUCUGAUGAUGGCGUCAAUUUUUGCAGUCAUUAUUUUGGGAGUAAUCGACGUUGGUAGUUUUGCCGAGGUUUGGCGACGAGCAGAGCGUGGUGGACGACUGAUAUUUUUUGGAAUGAAUCCGGAUCCAACGCAACGGAUUUCUUUCUGGUGCGUUAUAUUUGGUUUAACCACAAACUGGAUUGCUGUAUUCGGAAUCAAUCAGGCCUGCAUUCAACGCUUUCUGGCAGUUCCAACACGUAAAGCGGCUAAAAACUCACUCAAGAUAUACAUUUUCGGACUGAUCGCCAUCAAUUCGUUGGCCUGUUUCAUCGGAUUGCUGAUGUACGCCAAGUACGAGACAUGUGAUCCAGUGACGACCAAACAAGUUGAAAAACUAGAUCAAGUGGUUCCGUUUUAUAUCAUGGAUGCAGGCGGUAAAAUUACUGGAUUGCCUGGCAUGUUCAUAGUCGGAGUCUUCUCAGCCGCUUUGUCCACGAUGUCCUCCUGUCUCAACACACUAGCUGGGACUAUCUACGAGGAUUUCAUCCGUUCAUGUGUGCGCAAUGCGUCGGAACGAACGUCCAGUACCAUAAUGAAAAUGAUUGUGGUUGUACUUGGAAUAAUAGUGAUUGUUUUGGUUUUCGUCGUAGAAAAAAUGGGAUCUGUCAUCCAGAUUGUUGUUUCAUGUACCGGUGUCAUUUCCGGUUCAGUGAUGGGAAUGUUCACCCUUGGAAUGGUAUCAACCAGGGCCAACACGAAAGGAGUUGUUUCGGGUGUAGUGAUUUCCAUCUCUUGUAUGAUCACCCUGUGGAUCUCGUCCCUCGGGAAGCUGCAGUACGAUUUUCUUCCACUACGUAAAGAUGGAUGCUCUGAGGAAAUACUUUUCAAUUUAUACAAUUCCACAGCAACAGAUAACAUACCAUCAGCAAGCGAAAAUUUGCCUUACAUUUUCCGAAUUAGUUUUAUGUAUUAUUCCCUCGUUGGAUUGAUGAUAUUUUUAAUUGUGGCGUACCCUGUUAGCAUCUGUACCGGUGGCGGUAGAGUCGUUGAUCAGCGGUUACUGACACCAUUUGCCAGGUGUAAAAACGACAUCAGUCAUAAACUAAAAUUAACAGCAAAGAUAAAUAACGAUCGUCUGUUGGAUGACUCGACAAAAGAUAAAAUUUGAUAUGUAUCAAAAUACUAGCGUCCUGAUAACGAUUUGAGAAAAAAAACGCGUUCUGUAACUUCAGAGGAAAAUUGUAUCGAUCGCACAAUAGAAGUAUUUAAAUCUUUACAAUGAUACUUUAAUAUCAGUGUAGAUAUAAAUAUUUAUUUUCUCUUAUAUCUGUCCAAAUAUUAUUGUUUAU